AAAGCAAAUUGCAAAUGCGCAAAUAAAUGGCAAACGCAAAAUGACAAACCCGAAGUGAAAAAUUUCGUUUCAAUUUCGUUCAAUUUCGUUUAUCUUCGUUUAACUUCGCUUAACUUCGUUCAAUUUCGUUCACCUUUGUUCACACUCUUUUUUUCUUUAGCUUCGCUUAAAAUUGCAUUAAAACUGCGAUAAAACUGCGAUAAAAUUGCGACAAAAUUGCGAUAAAACUGCCGCAAGAAAAUUGCUUCCCAUCCAAUCAUUCACUUCAAAUUAAAGCAAAACGUUUAACGAAAAGUUUAUAGAUAAAAUUAUAUGCGAAUUGUUCAAUUUGAAAAAAUAACUUUUUUUUUUAAAUCGAAAAAAAACCCUUCAUUCCUUCAUUCGUAAAAAUAAUUUCAUCAUCCCUUUUUUACAAUCAUAUAAAAAUAAAGAUAAAAAUAUAAGCGAAUAAGUACUAGCAAUAAUCAGUACCAUUCAAAUUAUAGCUAUAUCGCGUUAACCCUUACUUUCCAGAUCCCACUCUUUUUGCGUUAUGUUUACAUAAGAAUAUAUAUCAUUUACCAAACCAUCAUACAAAUACAAGCGAACGAACGCCCUGCCCUUUUUUUUUUUUUGCCUCACAAUUGUAUUACAUAGAGAUAUAUAUCCCUUUUUUUGCGCCAUCGAACUGUUAGCCAUUGCGCCAGUUUUAUUUUCUUUAUUUUUUAUGCUUUCCUUUUUUAAAUUAUAAAGAAAAGUCCCUUUAUUUUAUAUACUUUUAUAUAUAUACGUACUUGUAAAUAAAACAGAACGCCAUUUGUGAGUUUUGUUUUUUUUACAUCGUUAAAUUUUACAAUUUAAAAAAACCCACCUUCCGUUUAAUUCUUAUAUAAAGCUUGAUGAACCUCGCUAUACAGAAUCUUGGUAUUAAUGACCCCUUCACAAAUGAAAACAUUGUUGAUAAGGGGAAUGGUAAACCGAACACGACGAAUUUAAUACAUAUAAGAAAUCAACAAAGAAAUGGUAGAAAGAGCGUUACGACAGUGCAAGGAUUAGGAAAAACGUAUGAUUUGAAAAAAAUGGUCCGAGCCUUAAAAAAGGAAUUCAACUGUAAUGGAACAAUCAUAGAAGAUAGCGAGCAUGGUUCAAUUAUUCAACUGCAGGGAGACAAGAGAAAUAACGUUAAAGACUUUUUAAUACGAGAAGGAAUUUGCGCAGGGGACCAUAUACGUAUACAUGGCGCUUAAGUUCUGCGACCCGUUCGUUUUUUUUUUAUACAUAUUUUUAUGAAGCCACUAUAUACAUAAUUUAUAUAUACCCACAUAUGUGAG